GCUCUCUUCUUUUUCUUCUUCCCCAAAAAAAAAACCCUAAUUUCUAGAUCCAUCUCUAAGAAACUCGCGUCGUUCGUCUUAACCAUGGCUUCGAAGCUCCCGUUGCAAAACAUCGACAACGCCAAUGUUGCGAAGGCUCCGGCAUCAUCGCUAGCUUCCGCUGGGAAGACGAUUGAGCAUAUCCUACUUUGUCCUGAUUCUUACAUAGGAUCGGUUGAUAAACAUACCCAAACGCUUUGGCCUGGCACUCAUAUUUUUCCAUCGAUGGUUGAUGACCUCACGCUUGAAUACUAUGAGAAGAAAAAGGAAACUAUGCUGAAGAAUCUGGAACUUGAGCUGCUGAAACUAGAGAAAGCUGAUGAUCAGAAGUUGAGAGAAAAAUGGUUCACAGAAAUCCUGGAAAAUGCCAAGCCUGUCGAAGCAGCAGUUGCUGGAGCAACUAAUGCAGCUGAAAAAAGCUCAUACUAUAAUUACCUAUUGCAAUUGUCUGUUUUGAUUACAGAUACAGUACAAGAAGUAAGGGCACAGAGAGAUCAAAUGAUGGAUGCAGUUGAAGACUUGAAAAACGCCACACCGGAAUCCCUCUGCCUCAAAGAACUAGAGGAACUUGAUAAGCAAGAUGCUCAACCCGAUGAAGAGAGACAGGCGCCAAAGAAACCGGCACCAAAGAAAGCCAGUGAAUCUGUAACAAAAGAGGCUUCAAAUUCAGCAAUGGACACAGAAACAACUGAAACAGCGAAAGAAAUUUCUCUGGAUGACGAUGAUGACGACGUGGUAGUGUCCCCGGAGAAGAAAGUGAGGAAGCUGAGAUCGUCUCCGUUUAACAAGAAGAGUAGUUCAGUGAUGAGCAGGUUGGCUAAUAAGGAAGAGGAGAGCAGCGAGAAUGCAGCUGGAAACUCAUCGUCAGAGAAAUCUGGAGAUGUUUUUGCGAAUAGGGGGUAUGUGUGGUGGAGUGAUUCGGAGAGUGAAUCUGGGAAUGAGUCUGAGUUUGAUGACAUUGAAGACGAUGAAGAUGAUGAGUAGAGUUAGAGAGAACUAACUCGGUUGUUGAUAAUGAUUCAACUUAAUUUCAAACUUUAGUUUCUCCCUCUCGUCUUCUUUAGAGUUUGGUGUUAUUAUUCUGAUGAAAGACUUAUUUUCUCUAAGGAUUGGCACAAAACUCUGUUUUCUCUAUUGAUUAUGCAUUUAGUUUCAUUAAUCA